GCUGUCAGGAGAGACCCCGAGGAAAGGCCCAGCCACCAUGCCGCUGUUCGGUAAAUCCCACAAGAAUCCCGCCGACAUCGUCCGGACUCUGAAGGAGAACAUGGCAAUCCUGGUGAAACAAGACAAGAAAACAGAUAAGGUGUCACACAUCUUCAUAACACUAGUCCUUACACCACGAAUCCUCACUAAACAAAUCCUUACAACACAAGUCCUUAUAACAGUCCUCACAACACAAACCAGUACUUCCCUUAGAAAAGGCCCACAAGCAGGUGUUGUGUAACAUUGCUGUGGGGGCCUCGGUGGACCUCUUCUAUUUGAUCCAAUCAGUCAGUUGGUGUGGUUCAUAUUACGGUGGGCCUCUAGCUGACACUGGGCUGUGAAUGUAGCAUCGCUGCCUGGCCGGUCCUUCAUUGCCACCCAGCUGUAAAGGCCCUCUCUCCACCAUGGGACUGUUAGAGAGGGGCUGUCCAGACAGAACUCCCAGGAACCUGGCUCUAACCAGGCUGCUACCACACACAGCCAGGCUAUAGUGAUCUCAAUACAGUCCACUCCUGUCAUAUGCAAUGCUGAUAUCCAGAGCAAGUCAUUAAUAAUGUGUGUUAUGAUUGGGCCUGAGGCUGAGACAUUAUUAUUGUCGAUCAACAAUGACAAGCCUAUAGGUUGUAGGUUGAGAGCUUUUGUGAAAGAGCACAGUUGGAAAGAUAUGGCAUAUAGAAGCAAACCGGAUGGACGUCAUGAAAAUGAUCGGAGAGGUUGAGGGUAGAAGAAGUUCAGGAGUAAAAACAAACAAAAUAGAAUUAUUGUAAAAUUGACUGUCCAUAAAAUGUAUAAGCUGGAAGUAGAGGCCUAAGCGUUGUUGUUCACUAGUUUUACUCCAAUUAGGGAAGGGGUCGUGGGGUUGGAAAGUAAUACAGGAUAAUAGCGGAUGAUAUUGCCACUCCUAUUUGCCAUAUCUUCAAUUUAAGCCUACUAGAAAGUGUGUGCCCUCAGGCCUGGAGGGAAGCAAAUGUUAUUCCCCUACCUAAGAAUAGUAAAGCCCCCUUAACUGGCUCAAAUAGCCAACCAAUCAGCCUGUUACCAACCCUUAGUAAACUUUUGGAAAGAAUUGUGUUUGACAGGAUAAAAUGUUAUUUCACAGUAAACUGACAACAGACUUUCAGCACGCUUAUAGGGAAGGACAUUCAACAAGCACAGAACUUACACAAAUGACUGAUGAUUGGCUGAGAGAAAUUGAGGAUAAAAAGAUUGUGGGGGCUGUUUUGUUAGACUUCAGUGAGGCUUUUGACAUUAUCGAUCAUAGUCUGUUGCUGGAAAAACGUAUGCGUUAUGGCUUUACACCCCCUGCUAUAUUGUGGAUAAAGAGUUACCAGUCUAACAGAACAGAGGAUGUUCUUUAAUGGAAGCCUCUCCAACAAAAUCCAGGUAGAAUCAGGAAUUCCCCAGGGCAGCUGUCUAGGCCCCUUACUUUUUUUCCAAUCUUUACUAACGACAUGCCACUUGCUUUGAGUAAAGCCAGUGUGUCUAUGUAUGCGGAUGACUCAACACUAUACACGUCAGCUACCACAGUGACUGAAAUGACAUCAACACUUAACAAAGAGCUGCAGCUAGUUUCAGAAUGGGUGGCAAGGAACUAAAAGCAUUGUAUUUGGGACAAAUAAUUUACUAAACCCUAAACCUCAACUAAAUCUUGAAAUGAAUAAUGUGGAAAUUGAGAAAGUUGAGGAGACUAAAUUGCUUGGAGUAACCCUGGAUUGUAAACUGUCAUGGUCAAAACAUAUUGAUACAACAGUUGCUAGGAUGGGGAGAAGUCUGUCUAUAAUACAGCGCUGCUCUGCAUUCUUAACAGCAUUAUCAACAAGGCAGGUCCUACAGGCCCUAGUUUUGUCGCACCUGGACUACUGUUCAGUCGUGUGGUCAGGUGCCACAGAGAUGGACUUAGGAAAAUUGCAUUUGGCUCAGAACAGGGCAGCACGGCUGGCCCUUGGAUGUACACAAAGAGCUAACAUUAAUAAUAUGCAUUCAAAUCUCUCCUGGCUCAAAGUGGAGGAGAGAUUGACUUCAUCACUACUUUUAUUUGUGAGAGGUAUUGACAUGUUGAAUGAACCGAGCUGUCUGUUUGAACUACUGGCACACAGCUCGGACACCCAUGCAUACCUCACAAGACAUGCCACCAGAGGUCUCUUCAGUCCCCAAGUCAAGAACAGACUAUGGGAGGCGCACAGUACCACAUAGAGCCAUGACUACAUAUAACUAUUCCACAUCAAUUAACUCAUGCCAGCAGUAAAAUUUAAUUUAAAAAACAGAUACAAAUACACCUUAUGGGGGACUGUGAAGCAACACAAACAUAGACACAUGCAUACAAACACACAGAUUUUGUGUUGUAGAUAUGUGGUAGUACAUUUUACAUUUUAGUAGACGCUCUUAUCCAGAGCGACUUACAGUUAGUGAGUGCAUACAUUUUUCAUACUGGCCCCCUGUGGGAAACGAACCCACAACCCUUGCGUUGCAAGCGCCAUGCUCUACCAACUGAGCUACAGGACGCCUACAGUAGAGUAGAGGCCUGAGGGCACACACUUAAUGUUGCGAAAUCUGUUAUGAAUGUAUUGUAAUGUUUUUAAAAUGUAUGAUUGCCUUAAUUUUGCUGGACCCCAGGAAGAUUAGUGGGGAUCCAUAAUAAAUACAAAUACCAGUGUCUACAGAGCUAAGUACUGUACCUCCAUAGGGAGUCAACUAAAUGUCUCACUCUUGUGGUCAACUCAAGUAUAAUACCAUGGCAAUUUCUUUAUUAACAACAUAACAUUAUUAGCAGCAAUACUGUUAGAAGUACAUAUUGUGCCUGUGUGUCUAACUGGUGUCCCUGUCCCAGGCGUCAGAGGAGGUGUCUAAGUGUCUUGUGGCCAUGAAGGAGAUACUAUAUGGGACCGGUGACAAGGAGCCUCACACAGAGACAGUGGCCCAGUUGGCCCAGGAGCUCUACAACAGCGGCCUGCUCAUCUCCCUGGUGGAAAACCUUCAGGUCAUCGACUUCGAGGUGAGACUGAGCCACAGCCGGACCAUCAGGGUCGUGUUCAUUAGGCACCAAACGGAAGAAAACGGUCUGAAACAGGGAGGCUUGCGUUUUUGAAACGUUUUCCAUUGCAUGUCCCCAGGGGAAGAAGGACGUGUGUCAGAUCUUCAACAACAUCCUGCGGAGGCAGAUCGGCACCCGCAGCCCCACCGUCGAGUACUUCAGCUCUCACCAAGAGGUGCUGUUUGUGUUGCAAAAAGGGUGAGUUACACACACACUCUUCAUGUACCACAGCUGACCACAGCCAUUGGUAUGAGACUCAGUGACGCGUGGGUGCAUCCCUCUCCUCCUGCAGGUAUGAGACCCCUGGGUCGGCGCUGAACUGUGGCAUCAUGCUGAGGGAGUGUAUCAGACACGAGCCCCUGGCCAAGGUGGUCCUCCACUCAGAACACUUCCAGGACUUCUUCAACUACGUAGAGAUGGAGACCUUCGACAUCGCCUCAGACGCUUUCGCCACCUUCAAGGUCAGAUUACGCAAGAUUUGAAAGCGUCUUUCGGUCCUGGAAAAACGUUAUAUUAAACCCAUAUUAAUAAGACUAAGAUGGGCCCGAGAUGAUAUGCUAAUCUUUACAUUACUGUUGUAUCUUUCUAUGACCAUUUGUUUGAAUAAUAAUAAUAAUAAUAAGAAAUAAUAAGCCAUUUAGCAGACGCUUUUAUCCAAAGCGACUUACAGUCACGCGUGCAUACAUUUUUGUGUAUGGGUGGUCCCGGGGAUCGAACCCACUACCUUGGCGUUACAAGCGCCGUGCUCUACCAGCUGAGCUACAGAGGACCACGUUGAAAGUUGACUAAAUGUAUAGAUCAGAAAUGAUUCGAUGCAGCAGAUGAUAUGCAAUAUACAAUGUUUUGUUUUUGUGUGAAUUAAAGUGACCACGUUUCCUCCCCCAUUCACAGGACCUGCUCACAAGACACAAGGUCCUGGUAGCUGAAUAUCUAGAACAGAAUUAUGAUGCAGUAAGUGACAUGUUCAACAUUCUGCUGCCCUGGGAGCAUUUAACCUUUAGCAGAUGGAGUUCAUGGAAAGAAAAUGGUUUUGUUGUUGCACCAUCCACCCUCUGCCCUCUUCACAGAAUUCAUGAAGGAAUGGGUGAAUGCAUUUGUCAUCACACACUCGUACUCUCAUUCAUUGCCAUUUACCAGAUGAAUACACUGAAGUGUGUGUACCGAUAAACAACGUUUUGAUUGAUGACCCAUCCUCCCAUCCUCUACAAUGAAUGAGUGCAUUUAUACCACACAUAACACACUUGCCACAUACACUCCAGGCAUCUAUGGUCACUGGUUUUCCCUGCUUGCAUAAGACCACCUUGUCUGUUGGUUGUAGUGUGGGGCUCAGGGAAGACCCCAGGGGAGAGCAGACAGGCCAGACUGGAGGCUGCUCGGGUUACAGGCCAGACACUACCCUACACUGGGCCGCACUAGGUUACAGAAGGCUGUCUUUCAUGCCAAGGGCCCCUGGAGGCCUAUCGCACACACAGGCCCAAACAGCACCCCUGAUAAGGGCCCUUUCAGACCUGACUGAGAGAUGAGAGAAAAUAUCACAACUUUAAUAGACAUUCGAUAGACAUUCCAUCCUAUUAACUAUCUGCAACGCCUAUUUAAUUCUAUGAACAUCGUUUUUCCUCCACUUUCUUAGUUUUUUUGUGAAUGUAUUUUUGACUGUUGAGAUGCAGCCACCCCUCAACCUGUUCCUUUGUGUCGUUGCAGAUCUUUGACCAGUAUGAGAAGUUAUUGCACUCUGAGAACUAUGUGACAAAGAGACAGUCAUUAAAGGUGUGUUCUAUAAUUAGUUCACAUUUACAUGGAUUAUUUAUAGACUAAAACUUUGCAUGCUUUUAUCGUGUUGAUUAUCUUGCUUCAUAGUAAACAUUUGCAUACCCUGGUCUUUGUGUGUAGUUGUUGGGAGAGCUACUGUUAGACAGGCAUAACUUCACAGUGAUGACCCGGUAUAUCAGCAAGCCUGAGAACCUGAAGCUGAUGAUGAACCUACUGAGGGACAAGAGCCCCAACAUCCAGUUUGAGGCCUUCCACGUCUUCAAGGUACGACAUAACAGCCGUUCCCUGAGCCGUUCAUAUACAAAGUCUGGCAAACUGGCCUCCAUGUUGGCCCCAAACGUUCCAUGGCAAUACCAUUUGGGUUCUUACUAGAAUGUAAUUGCAGACAUAAAUGUAAUGUACAGAACUGACAGGCUGACCCCUCCAUCCAGGUGUUUGUGGCGAACCCCAACAAGACGCAGCCCAUCAUAGAUAUCCUGCUGAAGAACCAGACCAAACUCAUCGACUUCCUUAGCAACUUCCAGAAGGACCGAUCGGACGACGAGCAGUUCAACGACGAGAAGACCUACCUAGUCAAACAGAUCCGAGACCUGAAGAAACCCGCCUCU